UGUUGCUGUUGUGUCAGGUAACAUCUAUUUGUUGACAUCACAUGGAAAAUAGGUUCAACAAUUCCUGGAUUACGCUUAUUACAGCGCCUUUCAUCCAACUUGAGAUUAGCAACCAAACUCACAGGGUUCCUCAGGAGUGAGACACCAUGGGUCGGCUGAAUGAUGCUGCCAAGCAAAAAGUGGUGGAGCUGCGUAAGGCUGGUCUUAGUUUCCGUAAGAUCAAAGGUGUACUGGAGCUGGAGAACAUUAAAGUUUCUGCUCAGGCCAUCUACCUUUACCUGAGGGAGUUCCAGGGUGGGCCCCCAGGGAGGGUCAGACCUGCUGAAGCUGGAGGCAGCGCAUUAACAGGACAGGUGCCAGCUCAAACUGGGGCCUUACAGGAGAGCUGGAGCAACGUUCGUCUCCGAAACCUAAUACGGGAAACAUCCCACCGUACGAGCUUUCCACAUGGUGCAGAUGUUGUCAAGCAGACUUCUACAAAUUUGGAGACUGGUGCUAAUCCCUCUGGGCCUGGGGAGCCCAGUGGAAGCAGCAGACCAGAGCAGCAACGUGAGAGAAAUACGGAAGAAAACAUCAAGAUUGUCAGUGUCACGUCCCUCGCGCAACGCAACCAGCAAAGACAUCCCCCGUCCACCGUAACAAGGGCAGAGACGGGUGCUGUGUCUUCUGCAUUAACAAAUUCUGGUGCAUUAGUGAGAAGAAGAGUCACUCCCUCUCCUGCAACCAGUUCAAUGUUGGCAUUUCGGAAAAGACUUUUGGAUAAAGCACUAUCACACAGGACAAAGUCUUUCCAUCAGAUGCCACCAUCAUUGAGGAAGGAUCAUAUGGGUGUCCAAAGUUCAGAUUUAAGAAACGCUCCAGGACAGCAGCCAGAAACCUAUGAUCUGACCACAGAAAAGACUGUUAUUGAGGGCCAGCCUGCAGCUGACAGCUCUUCUCGGCGUUUCCCCACACAAAGACCAGGACAAAGUAUCCGUACCCUUCACCCACCUCCUCGUGUUGGUAUUCGUCUUCCUAACCGUUCACUAGCACCUAUGACAUCCUCACCUCCUGGGGCCAUAAUGCUUCGCCUGCACACCCCUGUGGGUCAGGGUGCCACCUGUAGUGAGCGUAAUCCAAGCCCACAGCAGAUACCCCAGGACACGGGAGGGAGAGGGGCUUUACAGGACCAGAUCCAGACACUGAGCUCCGAGGUGCGCAGCCUCAGCCAAGCAGUGAAGAUGCUUGUGGAGCAGCAGUGCCGUCUGGAAAGGGAGCAGUCGCAGCAGACACAGAUUCAGAGGCAGAUCCUCAGCACUCUACAAACUUUUGGCUCCAAAAUGGGGCGUUGCAGCAAUGUUCAACAGCCACUUAACAAAACUCCAUCACCUUCUUUGCCAGCAGCCUCUGCCCCUACCUCGUUUAGCCAAGACACCUUCAGUUUUAGUCAAGGGACAUACAGUCAAUGCAGCCAAUCACAGCCGAGCUAUAACUCUUUAGAAAGUUUAGAAAAUGUGGAUGCCUUUAAACUUCCUGAGCUGAGUCCUACAAAUAUGAAUGGAUUCCCUCCAUGUAGCAACGCAGACACCCUUCCCCUCACUCACACUACGCCUCAAACCCAACCAUAUGCAGCUGCAUACCAGCAGCAAACCAGUCCAACACUUAUGUCGCCUUACACACAAUCAUACGUCUCUACAUACAGUCAGACUUUCAAAACACCAGAGAGUAAAAGCUCAGAUUUUUCAAGCAGCUGUUCAGCGAGAAUUUUCCAGGACUGCAGUGUGCCAACGCAGCGGGUGAUUAAUUCAAACCACACUUCACAGGAUCAGCAGGUUAAUAGUAUCAAAGUGGAAGGACCUUAGAGUACUUCAGAGUCCAUACAAUGUUUGGGAUCAUAAGGGCUUUGAUGAGCUUCUUCUAUGAAGACAAUAACAUUGUCAUUCAAAAACACACACUGGUUUUUAAGAAUAGCAUAUUAUGUAGCUUUUUUUCCUUUCCUUUUAUUUUUAACCUAAGACCAUUUUCAGACUAUAUUUACAUUGAUGAAUUAAUUAGACUACAAUACUUCCCUACUAAUGUUGUAGUUUGUCCGUAAUGUAUGAAGUGACUGAAUAAAAUAAAAUCAUGAUGUA